AUAAGCUAAGCCUUAGGCUAAAACUCCAACUUCGCGGAAGACUGGUGAUUUGUCCAUCCUUGCAUCUUGCAAUUUCUUCAAGAAAGCAAGAAUUAACUUCAUACCACUUCCACUCAGGAAGAAGAAAGACAACAACAGUUCCAGAAAAGGGUGACAGAUAAUAGUUUUGAGAACAAUAUGGAGGCUACCAUGUCUCUGAAUCCACUAAUUAGACUGCCGAUUUCUAGUUCAAGAAAUGUUGAAGACUCUCUUGUAAGGCACUCUCUGGUCUCAACAAGGAGACCCCACAAGGGGCAGAGGCAAAAGGACCUCCGGCUGCUGAUUGUUGAAGCCAAAGGAAAGAAAGGAAUGGCAGCUCGUCAAUACCAGAGGACUCCUCCCCCUCCUCUGCCUAAAAUUGAGGAUGAUGGCAAUCCCCGUUUUGUUAUCUUCAUCCGCAUGGCAAAUGUUUAUCUUUGGUAUCCUAUUAAUCUUGUAACAGGUGGCACCACUGCAAAAAUCAUGGUUGCUGCAAAAGACAAUUUCCUGGGAAAAUACAUUUAUAAGGAUACUCUAGAUAGGAAUCUUGCUGCAGUUAUUUACAGAGAUGAAAAGGAAAUUCAGAAGAUGGCAAUGAAACAACAUCGGGUGUUGCGGUCAGCUACAGAAUUUCGAUAUGGUUACAAACUUGUGGAGAAUAACAAUUUGAGAGCCGCACUUUCUAGCAAUGAUGUUAUUGAGCUUCCAAGGCAAGAAGAGCUCAAAACAGUUCUGGACAAAGUUAAGGAUUUCUUUGGGGAUGCCAAGGAAUCUUUUGGAAAGCUCACUUCAUUAAAUGCAGUCUCCGAGUCAUCGAAGGAAGAUUCCAAGGAACAAGCAAACAAAAAAUCCACGGUGAAAAGCUGAAAGGUGACCUGCUAAAGGAAGAAUUCUCAAGCAAAGGAAACUUUGGACAUGUUGAAAUAGCUGGUGAACUUCGAAAGUUCAUUUGUCACGUUAAAAGGGGUGAAAGAUAGGAUAUAAUUUCAAAUUCCAGGAAACGCUAAGAGUUUUGUUUGUAGAUAUCCUCAUUUGACAAAAGCUUUUGGAGUUCCUUGCAGUGGAUUGUUAGUUUGUAUUUUGGGAUGUGCUAUACACUGUAAUCAAACAAUUCCAGCUCUGAGCCUCGCCAAAUACUCGAGUCUUCUGUUGCGCAUGUAGCUAAUGCAACAGGUUUUUCAUCAAGAGAGAAGCACCAAUUUUCUGUUUCGUCAA